UUGGUAUAUUUCUGUGGGUCAGGAGGAGUAAAAUAUUAAUUUUGGCUGCCAAAUUUUAGCAACGUUUUGGACUAAAUUGCACAAGGGCCACGGCCAGAGAAUGAACGUGCUUCCGCUACUUUGGCUGCUGUGCGGCACAAGCCUAGUGCUGGUUGCUGCUGGCGAGCAGAAUGCCCCUGUGGCCAAUCCCCAGCCAUCCCAGAGAAACAGUUCGACGGCAGCGCCGCUGGUUGUGAAUGCGAUGAAUACGACUGUCACAGCUCAGGCUGCGGUGCCCGGUCAAGUGCACAUCAUUGAGAAGACGCAGGUUAAGCUGACCAACUCCACGGAACUGGCCAAGGAGCAUGAAAAGGACAUGAACAAGACGAGCACCAUUCCGCCGGACAACACGGCCAAGACCAGGAAGCGGACGGACCCGGUACACCUGAAGCCCACCACUGCAACGGCGACACCUACAAGCGCAGCUCCGGCAGCCACCAAUGGAACGGUCACAAAGGCAGCAGCGACAGCAACAGCCAAGCCAGCAACAGCAAAGCCAGCAGCAGCACAGCCACCCACUGGCACCAUUGUGGCUGAAGGCAUCUCCAUAAAUGAUGUGAAAAAGGCCAACAACUCCACGACCAGCACAACUAGCAGCGGCAACAGCAGCAGCAGCAGCAGCACCGCCACUACUCCAUCGACCACAACAACAAGCAGCACCACAACAACAACAACAACCACGACGACGACGACGACCACCACAACGACGCCGCGUCCCACAAAGCCACUCGUUGUCUACAGCAUGGACACACAUAGCGAAUGGGAGAAGGAAAAGGAGGAUAAGAUAAAGUCGCCGGCGGCUCCUUCAUUGGCUGCCUCUUCGGAACCGCUGCCGAUGCCGGCAUCCACGCUGUCCGAACCGGCGGCACCAAUGGUGCAGGAGCUAACUGGAAAUCUGGCUGAUCGUGGGGGCAACGACUACAUCGUGCCCAUUGUGACGGUGCUGCUGACGGUGCCGCUGGUCAUUGGCGUGGUCACCAUUAUGUAUCGACGCUUUCGCGAGCUGUGGAGCACACGUCACUACAGGCGCAUGGAUUUCCUGGUCGAUGGCAUGUACAAUGACUGACGAAGGCGCCAGGCGCCAACGGGUGGCAAGAGUGGCCAGUGGUCAGCGUGCUCCACGUACUCGGCCACCACCACCACAUACUCCUCCUCCAUACAGCAAAGAAUUUGUUAACCAAUCAAGCGAUGGGCUGCAAAGCGAAGUGAAGCGCUACGAAGCGAUGCCAUGCGAUGAUUAUUAGUUGUUUAAGUUGCCCAAAAUUGUUUCGGAUUUUUGCAUGCAAUGCAAGAGAGAGAGAUAGAGAGAGAGAGAGAGAAUCGAUCUUCGCCAGAGAGUGAGAUGCACAUACACACACACACAAGAGGAUAACUAGGAUAUUGCUCAGUCAAUUAAAAAUCGGGAAAAAACGGUAAAAAGGUAGAAACGAAACUUUUGUAGUUCAUAAAUUGUUGCUAAGAGUGUCUAAAAUUUCGUAGUGGCCAAAAUUGGAAUGUUUGUAAGCUAAAAUGAUUUUUGAAUGCAAAAUCGGAAAUUUGCAUUAUUUUAUAAGCAUUAUAAACUGUAAGAAGCAUUUGGGAUUUUGUAUGUGCAGCAAGAAGCAUUUGUUACAAAUCAGCAUAUGAUAACCAACACACACAUAUAUACCUAUUAUAUACAUAUAUAUAUAUACAUAUACUAUAUAUUAUAUACCUUUAUAUAGCCACUUGUAUACAGCAAUCAACUCAAUCCAUGUAUAGCAUAUAGCUGCGACCAAAUUGUAUCAGUCUCCCUGAACCCCCUCCCCCCAUCAACCAACCAUUCAAGCAUCAUCAAGCGCAAUUAGCAAUCACUCAUUUGUAGAUCUAUAUAGACCGUAAUGUGCCUUACGAAUCAGCUAUAUAUACAUACAAACACACAUAUAUAUAUCGUAUACAAUACCCAUACUAUACACACACUGAUAUAACCCCCUCAAACACACCCCAACAGAAUAUACAUAUAUAGCAGGUAUAUC